AGGCGUGGGUUGCUCCUUUCUCCUCUCUCGAGGAGGCCCCUGGAGCGGGUUCGGCUGUCAGGAAAUAGGCGGGGUCCCAGCGAGGAGGAGGAGGAGGAGGAGGCGGCGAGGAAGAUGGCAGAGACGGAGACUCAGCUCUUGCUAGGCGUGGGGCUGAUCGUGAACAUCUUUCCACCAUAGAAAAAGAUACCAACGGAGAUGCUCUGUGGGUUUGGUGCUACCCUUCUACGACAGUUGAGUUAAGGGAUCUCUUGUUGAGAAAAUGCUGCCUUACAGAUGAAAGCAAACAGCUUCACACAUUCCUCUUUGGUCAGUACAGAAUGACGUGGUUUUACAUUACAACCAUGGAGGUUCCCGAUUCUUCAGCGCUGAAAAAGGUGACACAUUUUUCCAUUGUCUUGACCACAAAAGACUUUAAUCCAGAGAAAUAUGCAGCCUUUUCUCGGAUCCUCUGUAGAAUAUACCUGAAAUAUGGGAAUCCUGUGAAAAUGAUGGAGAGUUAUAUUUCUGUCUUGACAAAAGGAAUCUGCCAGAAUGAAGAAAACGGCUCUUUCCUAAGCAAAGAUUUUGAUGUCCGAAAAGCUUACCUUGCAGGUUCAAUUAAAGAUAUAAUCUCUCAAUUUGGAAUGGAAACAGUCAUCCUGUAUACCGCAGUUAUGUUAAAGAAAAGAAUUGUAGUAUAUCACCCAAGAAUAGAAGCUGUUCAGGAGUUUACAAGGACUCUACCAGCCUUGGUGUGGCAUCGGCAGGAUUGGUCAGUCCUUCAUUCUUAUGUACAUCUGAAUGAUGAUGAGCUGGAAGCAUUAAAAAUGUGUCCAGGUUUUAUUGCUGGCUUUAUUGAUUCAGAAGUGAUAAACAGGCGAGAUCUCUAUGAUGUAUAUGUGAAUCUGGCUGAAAGUGAAAUCACAAUUCCUCAGCAAGCAAAAGAGGCAAUGACAAUGGGAAAACUACACAAAGAAAUCGGUCAGCUCAUUGUUCAGUCAGCAGAAGAUCCAGAUAAAUCUAAUGGUCAAGUUGUUAAGGACAUUUCAUUGAAGACAAAAGAAAUUUUGACAAACCUGGCCUCCUUCACAGAGGUCCUACAUGAUGGAGAAAAGCCAUCCCUUAACUUCGAAGCACUGAAACAGAAGCGGUUCCCACCAGCGACUGAAAACUUCCUCUAUCAUUUGGCAGCAGCUGAACAAAUGCUUAAGAUCUGAUAUCUUGGAUGAGCCUUGGUAUAACACUUCGAAAGAAAACUUCUCUAUGGCCUAACACUUUGUCCCUUCUUUGUAUAAAGCAUUCAGCAGAGAAAAUGGCAUUUUUAUAUUCAUGCGAAGGGUUUGAGUGACAUGGAAGCACUGGGCGCGUAGUGGGAUGCACUUCCAUUUUUCUAGCUCUGACACAGGAAUUUUCUACAAGGUGGGGACAGGUUUUUAAAGACAAAAGGAUGGUCAAAAUAUACUGUUCUUCCUAGAAAAAAAAAGUGAGGACAUGUUUGUUUUGAGCUACAAGUGUCUUCUGUACAUUUAAGUGAAGUUAUAUCUGAAUAUAUAUAUAUAUAAACACAGAAUGUUUCAUAAGUGAUAAAACAAUGAAAGCCAUUUUAGUUGAAAAGAUAACGGUUAUUUGUAUUGUCCAGCUGUUUAGACAACCCCCCUCCUGAAGCCAAGGCACUGGAUAUAUCUCUGAGCAUUCAACAAAUAGGUGAGAGGGUGCUUGAAAUGUCAUCCAUUUGCUACACAGUGCAAAUACUGUGUGUUUGCCAUGGCUCAAGCAGCCAUGCCUUUAGUACCAAUGAGAGCAACUUACUUUGGAACACAUUUUUUAAAAAAAUCAGUGGUUCUCAACCUUUGGGCCUCCAGAUGUGUUUGAUUUCAAUUCCCAGAAAUCCUAGCCAUCUUACCAGCUGUUAGGAAUUGUGGGAGCUGAUGUCCAAAACACCUGGGGGCCCAAAGGUUGGGAACCACUGUGAUCACAUUACUCCGUCUCAUGCAUUUGUGGGACAAGGUUAGCUGUUGUCAUAACUCUCAUCAAUCGUCAAGCAAAACCUGAAGGCUAUGCUAUAGCUAUGUGUAUUCAGACCCAUAAGAGCCAUUUCUCAUAAAGAAAAGAAACAGUGAGAAGGGGCGGUUCCAAUCUUUUCUAUUGUUUUUCUGAAGCCACACGUACCAUAGGGAUCAAGAACCUAGAACCUUGAAGGUUGAAUAUCCAGAGUCUGUAAACAUUCCAAAAGACUUUACUGUGGAAACCCACUAGUCAAGCUGGCUUUGCCAUGAAACUGCCAUUGAUGUUUGAAUACAUGCUUGUGUUUAUUGUGUAGUUGUGUUUAUUAUGUAGAGAUUUCCAAACUUCGUCCCUCAUGGUGUUUUGGACUUCAACUCCCAGAAACCCCAUCUGACUGUCCAACAGUCAGGAAUUCUGGGAGGUGAGGUCUCAAAUAUUUGGAGGCCCAGCAUUUGGAAACUACUGGUUUAGACCUUUCACCCAAAACUAUGCAAGGGGGUCACAGAUGUCUGAGCUGAAAAACCACUUCUGCUCUAGCAGUUUGCUGUCUAAGAGAAACCUGAGUUGCUGUGAGUUUUUCAGGCUGUAUGGCCAUGUUCCAGAAGCAUUCUCUCUUGAUGUUUCGCCCACAUGUAUGGCAGGCAACCCCAAAGAUUGUGAGGUGUUGGAAACUACGCAAGUGGGGUUUAUAUAUCUGUGGAAUGUUCAGGGUGGGAGAAAGAACUCUUGUCUGCCUGAGGCAAGUGUGAAUUGGCCAGCUUGGUUAGCAUUUAAUAGCCUGGCAGCUUCAAAGCCUGUCUGUUUCCUGCCUGGGAGAAUCCUUUUUGGGAGAUGUUAACUGGCCCUGAUUGUUUCUUGUCUGGAAUUCCCCUGUCUUCUGAAUAUUUGUCCUCCCAACAAAGGAUUUCCCCAGGCAGGAAACAACCAGGCUUUGAAGCUGCCAGGCUAUUCAAAGCUAAUCAAGUUGGCCAAUUGCUGUAUUCACACUUGCCUCAGGCAGACAAGAGUUCUUUCUCCCACCCGAACAUUCCACAGAUAUAUAAACCCCACUUGCCUAGUUUCCAACACCUCACAACCUCUAAGGAUGCCUACCAUAGAUGGUGGGCGAAAUGUCAGGAGAUAAUGCUCCUGGUACAUGGCCAUACAGCCAGGAAAACUCACAGCAGCUCAGUGUUUCCAGCCAUGAAAGCCUUCGACAACACGUAAGAGAAAUCUGUUUAUGAUUUUUCCCUUCAUGCAUAAACGCCUUAGCAUGUAUCGGAGUUCAUAGGCUAAAUAAAUUUGUUAUCCUCAAUAAUAGGCCAUUGAAUGAAUGGGGCUUAUUAAGUCAGUAUUUCUCUUGAAGUAUUUCUCUUGAGCCCUAUGGCAUCUUUUUUCUAGGAGGAACUAGCAGUCAGGUUCAGCCCUAAAAUCUUACUUUUUUUAAAGCAGUAAAUCUUAUUCCUACUACUAACACAUCUUGAAAUAGCAUUAUUUAAUAGUCAUCAUUAUGUUCAGUAUUGAUAAUCAUUUGGCUUUCAUUUCUAGUAUAAAGGAGCCUAAGUUGUAUGUUAUAAUAUGGAAAAAAUGAGCAAGUAUUGUAUAGAUCUAAAAUAGUUCUAGCAAGUUUGUGAGCAUGACUACUGCUCCCCUAUUUUUCAGGGGUCUGUCAUUCUUUUCUUUUUUUGGUACAAAAGUGUAUGUUGAUCUAAAAAUGUAUACAUCUAAAAGCUGACUUACUAUA